AUGUGCGACAGUCUGAUGCAGAUGUUCGGCCAGUGGCAGCAGGGGGCGCUGCAGCCCCUCAAACACACCAUCACCACCCUCACACAGAAGAAGAGUCAGAGGGCAAAGGUCACCGCCGCGCCCACGCAGUCUGACGAAGACGACGAGGGUGAUGGUGAUGAUGAUGGAACACAGAUGAUGGAGUGUGAGUCGUCCGGUCCAUCAGUCAGCAGGACAGAUCCUCCUCCUCCUCCUCCUCCUCCUCCUCCUCCGCAGGGUGAAGAAGACGGUUGGACGGUGGUGAGGAAGAAGAAGUGAAGAUGAAGAGCGUUAUGAACUGAUAAACUCAGCUUGUCCUCAAGGACAGGACUCUGUGUGUGUGUGAGACACUGACAAAGACUCCCACAGUGUGUUUUUAAUGGCCGUAACCUGUGUGCAGCCUGAAGGGAGAAGCUCCAUGGAUCCAGACCCAGUCUGGGGUCUGGGGCUGGUUUGAUAUUAAAGCUGCUGGAACUACCGUA